UAUAUUUUAUUUAAAUAGUAGAUCGUUUGAUAUGCUUGAUAAUCUACCCGAAUGGUGUAAUGAAUUAUUUGUUUUCAAGACCCUUUUUAAAUGAAGAAUUCAAUGCUUUGCUGCGUUGAAACGUACUGAUUAGAUUUUAGCAGAUGAAAAAGUAAACGAAGAGAAACAAUUUACUUUUGUGACCUUAUGAAAUGGUUACGUCGACUUGUCAAUUUUUUCCCUUCAUUAACAGUGAAUGUUGUUGUUCCUGAAAUCCUAUUUUUUCCAAAUCGAUUCGUGAUCGUGAAAAAUGACUGAUUCAUUGAAAAUAAAGCGUUUUUAUCGGGACAUAGCCAAUGAUUGUUAUAAGUGUGAAGGUGAUUUUAUAAUUUGUAACAUCGAUUCAACUCGAAACUGUACGUACAAAAAAUUAAAAAGUAGUUAUGAUCCCGGAAAUUUUGUUAAGCAUUUACGAAAUGUGCAUCCGGAAAAGGCUCUGGAAUACGGACUACUGAAGCAAGGAUAUGCACCAGAACAGAAAAGGAAAAUUCUUAAAACAUCAAUAGCACUCGACAGACAAGCUGUGGUUGAAUCUUUGGUAAAAAUGGUAUCACUUCAUCACUUGCCCCUAUGCGCCGUUGAAUGGGAAGGUUUUCGAGAACUGCUAGAUCCAAUUUGCGAAGCACUUAAAUUUAAAAUCAAUCGAGACAAUAUCUCCCGCCAUAUUGAACAAUGCGCAGUAAAUAUUAGGGAAAAAAUUGCAGCUGAAAUGCAAGGUCGAUUAAUAUGCAUUAAAGUCGACUCUGCGUCCCGAUAUGGCCGUCAUGUAGUGGGCAUAAAUGCGCAAUAUAAUAAAGAUGAUACUGUGAUUAUUAGAACCCUAGCAAUGAUGGAAGUUAAAUGUCGCCAGACUGGUAAAUUCCUAAAGUCAAAAAUCGAUGAUGUACUGAAGAUGUACGGAGUCGCACAAGAACAACUAUUUAGUGUUAUUUGUGACAACGGUGCUAAUAUGAUUGCCGCUGUUCGGGAGAUGCAGAAAGAUGCGGUUGCGUUCAUAGAUGAAGAAGCAGAUGCAGAUGAUGUAUUAUCUGAUCAGUCUAUGUUAGAGUACGAGAAAGAAAUUAGUUUGGUACGUUGUGCAGUGCAUACAAUGCAGUUGGCAGUGCACGACGUUGUUAAAACGUACGAUUCUAGCAUACGUGAAAUUGCUAAAGUAGCCGUAACUUGCCGGCAAAUAAUAUAUAAAAGCUCCUUCGAAAUACAUAAAACUCCAUUGCCACCACUAUUCUCUCGGACCAGAUGGGGAGGAGUUUACAUUAUGCUUGAACAUUUCAAGACACAUGAGCUUUUUUAUAGGGAAAUGGGAAGUUCAUACAACGUACUUGAUCUUGAUUCACAUUGGGAAUUCAUAUGUCAUUAUGUUGAGGCAUUCGAACCCAUUUUUAGGUGCACUAAAGAAAUGCAGUCGAAGCAUGUCAGCUUAUCUUGCUUCUAUAUUCAGUGGCUGAAGGCCAUUAUGGAAGUUAAAAAGAUAGCGUCCAAUGCAUUAACAACAAAAUUAGUAUCUGCUUUAACCGUCAGAUUAAGUGGUUUGAAAACUAGUAUGGUUUUCAAAGCAUGUAUGUUGUUGGAUCCCAGAUUAAAUUAUUUGAAUUCAAAUAUUCUGACUGUGGAGGAUAAACUAGAGACAAGGUGGUACGAUUCGACGUCCAACGGGGAACACGGAGGACACCGACAUUCCAGCGUUAGCUAUUUCGGAGAGGACAUCCGGAAUUUGAGAUAUCGGAAAGGAUCGAGCCCGCCACCUGGAACCAUCCCAUAA